GGGUGAGGAUGGUGCUGCCAGGUGGUGGUGGUGGCGCUUCCCUCACCUCCUUCCUAACCCAAAGUACACUGUGGGUCCGUGUAUGUGUGGAUGUACUGAAAUAUCCAACUAAUCCUCCAAAAUGGGUCGUGUACGUACCAAGACAGUGAAGAAAGCUGCCCGUGUGAUCAUUGAAAAAUAUUACACCAGACUGGGCAGUGACUUCCACACCAACAAGCGUAUCUGUGAGGAGAUUGCCAUCAUCCCCUCAAAGCCUCUACGCAACAAGAUUGCUGGGUUUGUUACCCAUUUAAUGAAGCGUAUUCAGCGUGGUCCAGUACGUGGAAUCUCCAUUAAGUUGCAGGAGGAGGAGCGUGAGCGCCGUGACAACUAUGUUCCCGAGGUUUCUGCUUUGGAGCAGGGUAUCAUUGAAGUUGAUGCUGAUACAAAGGAGAUGCUUAAGUUGAUGGACUUUGAUAAGGUUGCUGGCCUGCAGGUGACACAGCCCAUUCCAUCUUCCUAUGGUGGCAGGCGAUAAACUAAAAUAAAUAUCUACAAAGAAA